AUGACUACCCAACAACAAAAUCAGUUUCUUAAUCUUUGGGGUAGGGUCACUUUUGCGAAGCUGUUGGUUUUAGGCAUUUCCUUCCUUCCAAAAGCACUUGCCUACUAUCACUCCCCGCUAGCAGACGCAGCACCUACUAUCAAUGUCAAUUCGCUUUUCCAACACACAACAUCCAGGAACCAAAAGGUAAUCACACAAGCUAUUGGGAUCGUAUCCUCCAUGCAGAAUGCACCCACAUGCACCCAGAUGGCCGCUUCGCACCUGAUGAACGAAUGCAAACUACUGGAGCAUGCGCCAGAGUUUACGAAAAGUCGACCGGAAGCAUAUCUUGAUAAAGUCAAAAUUGAAUACGCAGCCAAGCUAGCUGUGUGUGAACUCCUAAGCGCUCAGCCAGUCAAUUCGGUUGCGCCGCCAUAUUGCGACAUACUCGUUCCAGCUGCUAAGCAUUGUGACAAAGGCGGUAGCUGGUGGCAUGCUCAACCAGCGAUGGUAUCUGAAGACAAGCAGUGCUACCCUGAUUUCAAGGAAUACCAGUAUAUGCAAUGUCUCAAGAGCCUUCAGUCAACGCCUCAGUACUGGACAUCCUUCAGCAAUGCUCGUCAGAAUGCAAUUGUCAUGUGCCAGGCAAGCAGAGACGCCAUUGAACGAGAAAACCACUUGGAAGUUUUCAAAAACCUAACCAAGGUUAUUGGUGGUGUGACUGAAAAUAUGCACAAAACAACAGCAGAAUACGAAUUUCUGAUUCGUGAACAGAGACGGUACGCCGAGGAGGUCCAAAACUCUCACCAAGAGCUUAGAGAAGACAUCCAAGCGGUUCGGACAACAGCAGUUGCAACAGUGGAGGCGAUAGAUGAAAAAUUCCAUACCUUUAUGGAGUCCUCGAUCUCGACCCUCAUAGCAGCCUUGGCUAACAGUCAAAGUAAAGAGAUUGAUGAGAUACAUGAGAGGAUGCAAGCGUUCUCGCAAGACUUGGUGUUAGAGAGCUCACAGCUUGCUAAGUACUUCACCGAUCAGCUGCAGCAAUACCACGAAGGUGCUCUGUCUAGUCUACAAUCCAAUCACGAGGCGCAGGUACGCAGCUACGAGGUCCUGUCAAACCACAUGGGUGUUACCCAAGACACUAUCAACAAAACAAACCAAGCUGCCGACCGCUCUCUCUCCAAAGUCGACAGCAUCGCCCAGCGACUUGAUAUCUUUGAAUCGCAAACCAAGUACAUUGCCGAGGGCUUUGCGUUCCUUAGUUCCAUGCCAGCGCUCGUCAAAUCGCUUGUACACAGAGUAGUGGCUACAGCUGGCACCAUCUUCACUUUUUUUGUUCUCUUCAAACUGAACAUGAGACUCGCUAUAUACGCCGUUGGCGCAUGUAGUUGGGCUUUCCUAUUCUACGCAAGCGGUGUCUUGCACUGGCUUGCAUCGCCAUCUUCACACACGGACGAUGCUGAAGCCUUCAAUCCGCUCGAUAUCCUUGACAACAUGUCAUCGUGGCAAAAGGUCGCAGGUGCGCUAUUGAUAUUGUGGCUAAGCGCAUAUCCCACUUGCUUGCUCAAUAUCUACCUUGGCACCUUCGUUACCACGGCGCUUCAACGACUUGCAGGACUAAUCUGGUUGGACGAGUACAGCAAUGAAGGUGGUACUGGGUAUCUACCCAGCAUCGAAAUCCCUGCACCAGUAGCAAAUGUUACACCCAAAGGCAGCACUGGAGGCACCUGGCGGUCGCACUGGCAGGGUUAG